CGAGGCCGGGAGGUGGCGGGGGGCGGUGGCUGGUGGCCGUUGGACUAGGGCUAGGGCCAGGGCCUGGCAAGGAGCAGAGCAGAGUGGAGGCAGUCGGUGAGUGCGAAGGGCAGGGAGCGCUGCCGGACCGUGAGACAGUGGGACAGGGUGAGGCGGACGCAGUCAUCCCGGUGCGGUAAGCAGCGGAGCGGGAACAUGGCGAGCGUAGGAAACGGCACGGAGGAGAGCGGCGGCGGCGAGGAGGAAAAUUUUGAAGAUGCCUUUGAAAACAUACCUGUGGCAUCCAAGAUGGACCUCAAGUGUGCUCUGGAAGAGUGUUCAAUGGCACUGAACUUAUUUCUGAACAACAAGUUCUCUGAAGCCCUAGAGCUACUUCGUCCAUGGUCUAAGGAUAGUAUGUACCAUGCCCUUGGGUACAGCACUAUUUUAGUUAUGCAAGCUGCUAUGACCUUUGAGCAGCAGGAUAUACAAAUGGGAAUUUCUACAAUGAAGGAAGCUUUGCAGACUUGCCAAAGAUUCAGGAAAAGAAACACAGUGGUGGAAUCGUUGUCCAGCCUAGUUUCUAAACAGUCAGUGGAUCAGUUGAGCGAAGAGGAAAUGCAUGCUGAAAUCUGCUAUGCUGAAUGCUUACUACAGAAAGCAGCUCUCACCUUCGUACAGGAUGAAAAUAUGAUCAACUUUAUCAAAGGUGGCCUCAAAAUUAGGACAAGCUACCAAAUAUACAAGGAAUGUCACCAGAUGCUACAGAUGACUCAGGGGAGCAAAAGCAAAAAUGAAACUUAUUACCAGUUUGAAGGAGGAGUAAAACUUGGAAUUGGAGCAUUCAACUUGAUGCUGUCACUUUUACCAGGAAGGAUCCUCCGGCUUUUAGAAUUUAUUGGAUUUUCUGGCAAUAGGGACUUGGGCCUCUGUCAACUGCGGGAAGGCGCAUCUGGGAGCAGUUUGAGGGCCAUUCUGUGUACUUUCACCCUGUUGGUUUAUCAUACUUACGUCUCCUUAAUCCUUGGUACGGGGGAAGCCAACAUUCAGGAGGCAGAUAGUCUUCUUGAACCCUACCUCCAGAAAUUUCCAAAUGGUUCCAUUAUUCUAUUUUAUGCUGCCAGAAUAGAUACACUGAAAGGAAAUUUUGAAAAGGCGCAGUUGAGGUUCCAAGAAUGCAUAGCAGCCCAGCAGGAGUGGAAGCAGAUUCAUCAUCUUUGUUACUGGGAACUGAUGUGGUGCUUCACCUUCCAACAGAACUGGCUUCAAGCAUAUCGGUAUGCAGACCUGCUGAGCAAAGAGAGCAGGUGGUCUAAGGCAAUAUAUGUAUUCCAGAAGGCAGCAAUUCUGUGUAUGCUUCCAGAGGAUGAUUUGAAAAGGACUGGUGAGGACAUUGUAUCUCUAUUUAGACAGGUGGAUGGUCUAAAACAAAGAAUUGCAGGAAAAUCUAUCCCAACUGAGAAGUUUGCAGUAAGAAAAGCUCGACGCUAUACAAGUUCUCAACCAGUGAAGCUUAUAUUACCUGCCUUGGAAAUGAUGUAUGUCUGGAAUGGCUUUGCAAUAGUGGGUAAAAGACCAGACCUUACUGAAAACUUACUGGUAACAAUUGAAAAAGAAGAAACCACUCUACAGAAUGAAACUAAUCACAGUGAAUACUAUAUGGAUGAUGUGUGCAUGUUGCAGUUACUGAAGGGCCUCUGCCUGAAACACUUAGGAAGACUAAUGCAAGCUGAACUGUGUUUCAGCAGAGUAAUUCAAAGUGAGAAGCAAAUAAAAUACGAUACUUACUUGGUGCCAUUCACCCUGUAUGAGUUGGGUCUUCUGUACAAACAACAGGAUGAGAGAGAAAAAGCAAUAAGAUACAUAGAAACUGCAAAAAACAACUACAAAGAAUACUCUAUGGAGUCCAGGUUGCACUUCAGAAUUCAUGCAGCACUUGACAACUUGAGGGUGUCUCCUGCUUCAACACCUUGAAUGAGGAUGGAUACGUUUCAUGCAUACAGUAGCCUACAUGAUCUUUUCUGCAAUCUUUAUUUAGUCAUGGAGUAAUUGUUAAUUGUUUUCUGUUGUCUCCGAUUUGAUGUAUGUCAUUCCUUUAGACCGUUCUUUUUCUAUGUAGCACAUAGACUGUAUCUACUCAAUGCUUUAAAGAAACCUUAUAUUUUGUCUGAUAGUUUAAUAUUUGACUCAAAUGGGGGAUAUUAUUAAAAAAAAAGUUGAUGGUGCAAUAAAGUUUAAUGCAAACACUUUAUUUUUUUAUAUGAAAACAGAUGCUGAUUAUGCAGUGAAAUUUGUGACAGUUUCUCUAGUUUUUGAAGGUUUGGUUUUCUGUAGUACACUUGAGACCUUUUACCUCGGGAACAAAAAUGCAUUGUCUGCAGAUAACCUUACCCUCAUUUGGCAUAGCAUUGUCUGAUGGUUGUGUUCCAGAGUUACAAAUACAUUAUCUUUGACUUAA